AUGGACUUGGAUGGUGCCGCUCUGUUUCACACGGCCCCUUCUCUCCUGAAGAGCUACCUCCUCCGCAGACUGUAUACGGUCCCGCCUUCGCUGAAUCCGCCACCAACCUCCCCAAACACUGUAUCGACACCCGCCAUCGUCGGCUCUACCAAAUUCUCCUUCAACCACCGAGCUAAUGUGCUUGACAGAGAUGCUGUCAUGAUACCCAGCGGAUGGGAUAGUUGGGGCAAGUCCUCGGCCCCUCCUCCCCGGCCACGGAAAGAGGCAAUCAACCGCCCCCGCCGCACGAUCCCUUGCCCCGCCGUCAGCCACGACAGCCCCAACCCCGAUCGCAACCCCGACCCCGAAUCCAACGCCCCCCCCCCAGCGACGGUGGGGAAGAGAUCCGUUGGCGGCUUGGCGUCCGCACCUUGGUUGGCUGGGCCCUUCCUCUGUUCCCGGCGGACAAGUUCUCCCAAGGCAGGGAAGUCUUUGCCGCUGAUUCGAGGAACAGGGUUGCGGGAUGUACUGUUGUUGGUAUUUUUGUUCGUCGGGUGGCUUGGGCUGAGCGAGCACAAGGAGUAUCGGCCCAUUGGCCUGAUACUUCUCCCUCAUGUGCUCAGGCGGUGUUGGUGGUGCACCAUGCCAUACGGUACACGGGUGUUCGCCACUUCCCCUGCCACCUCCCACCCAGCCCAGCCCCUCGCCCCCUCGGCCAUUACCCCUCCCGCUCUCACCAUCGACGUCGGACUUCCCGCCCCCGCCCCCGCCCCCGCCCCCACCCAAGUGCCGCCUGAGGUCCAGGCCAAGCUGGACAGGAUGGAAGCCCUACUCGCCUACCAAGAGGAGGCUUACACUGUCCUACCCACCUCCGCUCUCUGGGCUUGGCUUGUGCACUGCGAGGCACUGGCAAGAGUCAAUCUAGUCCUGGUGUUCUGCCUCUUCAGAGAUCUGCCUGUCGUCUCGUACGUCGUUUUGAAGCUGAUCGAGAGUUGGUGA